CGCAGGAGGGGCGGGGGCGGCUGCGAGGGGGGCUCGGGCUGCGUGUGCCGAGGCCGGCGGGGGCGGCGGUGCGUGCGCAUGACGCGGGGGGGAGGGCCAGGGCCGCGCGCUCCCGGUCCCGUUGUUGUUGCCGCUGGAGGCUGUUCCGAGGCAGCGGGAUCGCGGCGCUGGGAAGCGCCCGGCAGCGGCGGCCACAGCGUGCGCGGCGGCGCCUCCCGGCCCCCGGCCCCAUGCACUAGCCCCGCGCCGCCGGCUCCGUAGUCCCAGCCCCGCCAGCCCCGCGCGGCCGCCCGCCGCCGCCGCCGCCUCAGCGCCGCUCCGGCCUCGGCCGGGCCCGCCUCGGGCCCCGCGAUCCCGGAGCCAUGAACUUCCAGGCGGGCGGGGGGCAGAGCCCGCAACAACAGCCGAGCCUGGCGGCGCCGGGGGGCGGUGGCGGCAGCGGCGGAGGCGCGGGGGGCGGCGGGCAGUUCGGCGGCGCGGGGCCGGGGUCCGGGGGCGGCGGCCCCUCGCCCCAGCUGGCCGGCGGGCCCCCCCAGCAGUUCGCGCUCUCCAACUCGGCGGCCAUCCGGGCCGAGAUCCAGCGCUUCGAGUCCGUGCAUCCCAACAUCUACGCCAUCUACGACCUGAUCGAGCGCAUGGAGGACCUGGCGCUGCAGAACCAGAUCCGGGAGCACGUCAUCUCCAUCGAGGACUCGUUUGUGAACAGCCAGGAGUGGACCCUGAGCCGCUCGGUGCCGGAGCUUAAAGUGGGCAUUGUGGGGAACCUGUCUAGUGGGAAGUCGGCCCUUGUGCACCGCUACCUGACAGGGACCUAUGUGCAGGAGGAGUCCCCUGAAGGGGGUCGGUUUAAGAAGGAGAUUGUGGUGGAUGGCCAGAGUUACCUGCUGCUGAUCCGGGAUGAAGGAGGCCCGCCUGAGCUCCAGUUUGCCGCCUGGGUGGACGCGGUGGUGUUUGUGUUCAGCCUGGAGGAUGAGAUCAGCUUCCAGACCGUGUACAACUACUUCCUGCGCCUCUGCAGCUUCCGCAACGCCAGCGAGGUGCCCAUGGUGCUGGUGGGCACGCAGGACGCCAUCAGUGCCGCCAACCCCCGGGUCAUCGAUGACAGCAGGGCCCGCAAGCUGUCCACAGACCUGAAGCGCUGCACCUACUACGAGACGUGCGCGACCUACGGGCUCAACGUGGAGCGCGUCUUCCAGGACGUGGCCCAGAAGGUAGUGGCCUUGCGGAAGAAGCAGCAGCUGGCCAUCGGGCCCUGCAAGUCACUGCCCAACUCCCCCAGCCACUCGGCAGUGUCCGCGGCCUCCAUCCCGGCUGUGCACAUCAACCAGGCCACGAAUGGCGGCGGCAGCGCCUUCGGCGACUACUCGUCCUCAGUCCCCUCCACCCCCAGCGCCAGCCAGCGGGAGCUGCGCAUCGAGACCAUCGCCGCCGCCUCCACCCCCACACCCAUCCGCAAGCAGUCCAAGCGGCGUUCCAACAUCUUCACGUCUCGGAAGGGCGCCGACUUGGACCGGGAGAAGAAGGCCGCCGAGUGCAAGGUGGACAGCAUCGGCAGUGGCCGGGCCAUCCCCAUUAAACAGGGCAUCCUGCUGAAGCGGAGCGGCAAGUCCCUGAACAAGGAGUGGAAGAAGAAGUACGUGACGCUCUGUGACAACGGGCUGCUCACCUACCACCCCAGCCUGCACGACUACAUGCAGAACGUCCACGGCAAGGAGAUCGACCUGCUGCGGACCACGGUGAAGGUGCCAGGGAAGCGCCUGCCCCGAGCCACGCCCGCCACAGCCCCCGGCACCAGCCCCCGGGCCAACGGGCUGGCCCCCGAGCGGAGCAGCGCGCAGCUGGGCGGGGGCACAGGCGCCCCCCACUCGGCCAGCCGCCCCGAGGGGCUGCACCAGCGCUCCUGCUCCGUUUCCAGCGCGGACCAGUGGAAUGAGGCCGCUGCCUGGCCCGCAGCCAGUGGCUCAGCUGAGGUGCUCAGUUCCAGCCCCAAGCUGGAGCCCCCCCCAUCUCCCCACUCCAACCGGAAGAAGCACCGGAGGAAAAAGAGCACCGGGACCCCCCGACCAGACGGCCCCAGCAGUGCUGCCGAAGAGGCGGAGGAGUCCUUUGAGUUUGUGGUGGUGUCCCUCACCGGGCAGACGUGGCACUUCGAGGCCUCGACGGCAGAGGAGCGGGAGCUGUGGGUGCAGAGCGUGCAGGCCCAGAUCCUCGCCAGCCUGCAGGGCUGCCGCAGCGCCAAGGACAAGACGCGGCUGGGGAACCAGAACACGGCUCUGGCCGUGCAGGCCGUCCGCACCGUUCGUGGCAACAGCUUCUGUAUCGACUGUGACGCCCCCAAUCCAGACUGGGCCAGCCUCAACCUGGGUGCCCUGAUGUGCAUCGAGUGCUCAGGGACCCACCGACAUCUGGGGGCCCACUUGUCCCGGGUCCGUUCCCUUGACCUCGACGACUGGCCGCCCGAGCUGCUGGCCGUCAUGACCGCCAUGGGCAACGCCCUGGCCAACAGCGUCUGGGAGGGGGCCCUGGACGGCUAUGCGAAGCCAGGGCCUGAUGCCUGCAGGGAGGAGAAGGAGCGCUGGAUACGGGCCAAGUACGAACAGAAGCUAUUCCUGGCCCCGCUGCCGAGCUCGGACGUGCCGCUGGGGCAGCAGCUGCUCCGGGCCGUGGUGGAGGACGACCUGCGGCUGCUGGUGAUGCUCCUGGCGCACGGGUCCAAGGAGGAGGUGAACGAGACCUACGGGGAUGGGGACGGGCGCACGGCCCUGCACCUGUCCAGCGCCAUGGCCAACGUCGUCUUCACCCAGCUGCUCAUCUGGUACGGGGUGGACGUGAGGAGCCGGGACGCCCGGGGCCUGACCCCGCUGGCCUACGCGCGCCGGGCGGGCAGCCAGGAGUGCGCAGACAUCCUGAUCCAGCACGGCUGCCCUGGGGAGGGCUGCGGCCUGACGCCCACCCCUGGCCGGGAGCCGGCCAACGGCGCCAACGCCUCUGCUGAGCUGCACCGAAGCCCCAGCCUCCUAUGAGGCCCGGGGAGAGGGCGGAAGGACUCCGUGCCCUGGGGAUGCUCCUGCCUGCAGGCCCUGGGGAAACAAAGGCACAGAGACCACGGACUAGGGACACACAGGAAGGAAGGAGGAGAGGGGACAGGAGACAACGAGCUGCCUGGGGGAAGACGGGUCAGAGCAGAGGCCCGGGAUUCGAACUGCAGCAGCGAGGGAGUGGAGGGGUCCCGCCUUCUGCCCUGCGGUGCCACUGAGGAGGGACAGGACCCUUGGAGGUACCUGUGAGGAGAGGGGAGCAGGACCUCUCCCUCCUCCAGAUUCCUGCCCUCUCGUCCCAGCCCCCCGCGAACUUGUACCCCAAAGUGGAGCCUGGACAGGGCACGGGCUGGGGUGCUGGGGGAAAGACAAGGGGGUGAUCUGUGAGUCCCAUGUAAAUGUGUACAUUGGAAUAUUUAUGUUUGUGUACAUACCUGGCGUGUGUGUAUGACGAGCCAAUAAACCAGACCGCGUGCGGC